AUGGUUAAUAGGGUAUGCCAGAAUGUUUCUGGUGCUUUGGAGGAGAAGUCCACUCAGACAAAUGCACACAUGGGUCUGGUUAUGGCUCUUGCAAAACGUAAUGCUACAAUUGUUGAACCAUAUGCUAGGUUGUUGAUACAAGCAGGACUGCGGAUAUUGAAUGCUGGUGUAGUGGAAGGGAAUUCUCAGAAGCGGCUGUCAGCUAUUCAAUGGUGA